UGUUGUUGUAAAUUGUAAUGUAAUGAGAUACGACGUCCAGGAGCUGCUACUUCAUCAGUCUGCUGAGGAUCCAUUCGCCAGGUUCGCAAAUGGGAUGGCAUAUCAUCCAUUUCUGCAGCUCUCGCAAAGACCCACUGACUUCAGCGUCUCGUCGCUGUUGACGGCGGGUAGCAACAGCAACAGCAACAACAACAAUAGCAACAACAACAACAACAGCAGCAGCAACAGCAGCAACAACAACAGCAACAACAACAACAACAACAACGCAGCUCAGGCACUCAGUUCGCCCGGCUCGGGCGGCGCUGCCAACUUUCGCGGCUCGCCCUCGCAGCUCUCCCCGCUCAGCAAUCACAGCAACAACAACAACAACAACAACAACAACAACAACAGCAACAAUAAGAACAACAAUCACUUGAACAGCAGCGAAUCAGCUUUGAGCGGCAGCCAGGCGAACACGCCAACGGCAACGCCGCCGCCGCCGCCGCCGCUGCCGCCCGUUGGCGUUGCUGCUGGAGCAGCUGGGCCGCUGCCGUCUUUACCCGCGCACCACUCACCCAGCGUUGCACCGCCGCCACCAGCUCCACAGCAGCAGCAGCAGCAACCACCUGCAGCUGGGCUGCCACAUCCAACGCAUCCCACACAUCCGCCGCCGCUGCCGCAGCAGCAGCAGCAGCAGCAACAGCAGCAUUUGGGGCCGCAGCAGCAGCAGCCGCCGCCGCCGCCAUAUUUUCCGGCUGCAGCGCUUGCCGCACUGGCCGGCAGUCCGGCGGGGCCGCAUCAUCCGGGGCUGUACAGCGCCGCCGGCGGCUUGCGCUUCCCACCGCAUCCGGCGCAUCCGCACGCCCACCAUCCGCUGGGCACCGCCUACACCACCGCCGAGGACGUGGUGCUCGCCUCGGCCGUUGCACAUCAGCUGCAUCCGGCGAUGCGACCGCUGCGCGCCCUGCAGCCCGAGGACGAUGGCGUCGUCGACGAUCCCAAGGUCACGCUCGAGGGCAAGGAUCUCUGGGAGAAGUUCCACAAGCUCGGCACCGAAAUGGUCAUCACCAAGAGCGGCAGACAAAUGUUUCCGCAAAUGAAAUUUCGUGUUUCGGGUCUGGAUGCCAAGGCUAAAUACAUAUUGCUACUGGAUAUCGUUGCGGCGGAUGAUUAUCGCUAUAAAUUUCACAAUAGUCGCUGGAUGGUCGCUGGCAAAGCGGAUCCUGAAAUGCCAAAACGCAUGUACAUCCAUCCAGAUUCGCCCACAACGGGUGAGCAAUGGAUGCAAAAAGUUGUUUCAUUUCACAAAUUAAAAUUGACCAACAAUAUUAGUGAUAAACAUGGAUUUGUAAGUACUACCAUACUGAACUCAAUGCAUAAAUAUCAGCCGCGCUUUCAUUUGGUGCGAGCCAACGAUAUCUUGAAGCUACCAUAUUCCACGUUUCGCACGUACGUGUUCAAGGAGACGGAGUUCAUAGCCGUGACUGCAUAUCAAAAUGAGAAGAUAACUCAGCUGAAAAUUGACAACAAUCCCUUUGCGAAGGGCUUUCGUGAUACUGGCGCUGGCAAGCGGGAAAAGAAGCAGGCGCUGAUGUCCAAUCGAGGGUCCGACUCGGACAAAUUGAAUCCCACGCACGUGAGCAGCUCCCGAGCGCCGCUCCAUUUGGGCCAUGCCGGACGACCGCCACAUCUGCAUCCGGCGCACGCGGCCGCGCUGCUGGACAACCAGCAGGACGACGAUGACAAGCUACUGGAUGUGGUGGGGCCGCCGCAGAGUCCGCUGUUGCCCUUGAGCCACUCGCUCCAGCAAAUGCACGCGCACCAGCACUCGGCUUUGGCCGCCUGGUUCAAUCAUUUGGCUGGCGCUGGCGCCGGCGAGCAUGCGGCUGCGGCCAAUGCGGAGGAUGCACUGCGUCGCCGAUUGCAGGCGGACGAUGUGGAGCGCGAUGGCAGCGAUUCGAGCUGCUCGGAGAGCGUCGGCGGCAGCACCGGCGGUGCCUUUCGCCCCACCUCGACGGGCAGCCCCAAAGAGGGUGUGGGCGGUGGUGCAGCUGCUGCGGCGGCGGCGGCAGCGGCCGGUCUCAAUGCGGCCGGCAGCUAUCCGUCGCCGAAUAUCUCCGUGGGGCCACCCAUACACCCGUCGCCGCAUCUGUUGCCUUACCUCUAUCCGCACGGCCUCUAUCCGCCGCCGCACUUGGGACUGCUGCACAAUCCGGCUGCGGCCGCUGCCAUGAAUCCGGCCGGACUGAAUCCGGGCCUGCUGUUCAAUGCGCAGCUCGCGCUGGCCGCCCAGCAUCCGGCGCUGUUUGGCCACGCCUAUGCGGCAGCUGGUCACACGCCCGUGUCGCCGCUGCAGGGCUUGAAGAGCCAUCGCUUUUCGCCGUACAGCCUGCCGGGCAGCUUGGGCUCGGCCUUCGAUGCGGUAACGCCCGGCUCGAAUGCGAAUCGCAGCGGCGGCAAUGGCAGCGCCGAUGCAGCUGCGCCGCCCAAUCUUCUGCCCACUGCAGGAGGCGGCGGCGGCGGCGGCGGUGGUGGCGGCCUGGGCCUAGACAAUGGGCCGCGCAGCUUGAGCUCCAGUCCGAGACCGCGCGCCUCUUCGCACUCGCCGCCCACGCGGCCCAUAUCAAUGUCGCCAACGACGCCGCCGUCGCUGCUGAAGCGACAGUCGCAGCACUCGCCGUCGGAGCUGAAGAGCAUGGAGAAGAUGGUCAACGGGCUGGAGGUGCAGCACAAUGGCAGCGCCGCAGCAGCAGCGGCGGCGGCAGCGGCAGCAGCAGCCGCAGCGGCUGCCUCGCUGCUAUCGGAGGAGACAUCACAGCUGCAGCAUCAUACGCAGGCGCACCACACACAUCCGCACACACAUCCGCACGGACAUCCGCACGGGCUGACGCAUGCGGCGCAUCAUGCGUCAGCGGGUACGGAUCAGUGACAAUUACAGGACGGCCGCUCCGACUGCGAGGAGGGCGGCCCGCACGAG